CGGCGGCUGUAAUGGCGGCUGGCGGCGGCGCGGCGCGGCCCUGACACCCGGAUACUGCUCGGCGCAGCACCCCCGCCCCGCGCCCGGCCCGCCCCCCUCCUCCCCGCCCCAGCCAGCUCCGCUCACCCCCUCCCUGGCCCCUGCUCCAGGCCCCCGCCGCGGGACGAGGAGGAGGGCUCCCCGCAGACAAUGGACGAACACCCCGGAGCCGGAGGAGGCGGUGGGAUGGCGGCCGCCCCGAGACCGCAGCAGCCGCCGCCGCAGGCGGGUGGGAACAUGAACCUGCAGUCUGGUGGGGGCUGUGUGGGAGUCGGAGGAGGAGGAGGAGGGCAGCAGCAGCAGCCCCAGGGCCCUGCGGCCCCGGCCGGUCAAGAGGCGGCGGGCCCCGCCGAGCUGUCCCGACCCCAGCACUACACCAUCCCGGGCAUCCUGCACUACAUCCAGCACGAGUGGGCUCGCUUCGAGAUGGAGAGAGCGCACUGGGAGGUGGAGCGGGCCGAGCUUCAGGCUCGGAUAGCGUUUUUACAAGGGGAAAGAAAGGGUCAAGAAAAUUUGAAGAAAGAUUUAGUAAGAAGAAUAAAAAUGUUAGAAUAUGCAUUAAAACAAGAAAGGGCAAAAUAUCAUAAAUUAAAAUAUGGCACAGAAUUGAACCAAGGUGACUUGAAAAUGCCAACUUUUGAAUCAGAAGAAACCAAAGAUAUGGAGGUUCCUGCAGUACCUCAGAAUAGCCAAUUGACCUGGAAGCAAGGCAGACAGUUACUAAGACAGUAUCUUCAGGAAGUAGGUUACACAGAUACAAUAUUGGAUGUACGUUCCCAGCGGGUAAGGUCUUUACUUGGGCUCUCCAAUUCAGAACCAAAUGGUUCAGUAGAGACAAAGAACUUAGAACAGAUCCUCAAUGGGGGUGAAUCUCCUUCAUCAAAGCAAAAGGGACAGGAAAUCAAACGGAAUUCUGGUGAUGUUCUUGAAACAUUUAACUUCUUAGAAAAUGCAGAUGAUAGUGAUGAAGAAGAAGAGAGUGACAUGAUAGAAGAUAUUGCAGAAGGAAAAGAAAAGCACCGGAUAAAUAAGAAACACAAAAUUGGUAAUGAAGGUUUAGCUGCUGACCUUACAGAUGACCCUGAUACUGAAGAAGCUUUGAAAGAAUUUGAUUUUUUAGUGACAGCUGAAGAUGGUGAGGGAGCUGGAGAAGCUCGCAGUUCAGGAGAUGGAACAGAGUGGGACAAAGAUGACCUGUCCCCAACUGCUGAGGUUUGGGAUGUAGACCAGGGACUUAUAAGUAAACUGAAGGAACAGUACAAGAAGGAACGAAAAGGGAAGAAAGGGGUAAAGAGAGUCAACAGGACAAAACUUCACGACAUGAUAGCUGAUCUGGGCGAUGAUGAGAUACCCCACAUCCCUUCAGGAAUCAUUAAUCAAUCUAGGUCACCCUCUUCUAGAAUGACUGAUCAUGAAGGUGCAAGAGCAGAGGAAGCUGAGCCAAUAACAUUUCCACCUGGAGGAGGCAAGUCAUUUAUCAUGGGUUCUGAUGAUGUGUUAUUAAGUGUACUGGGCCUUGGAGACCUUGCAGACUUGACAGUAACAAAUGAUGCAGACUAUAGUUAUGAUCUGCCAGCUAAUAAAGAUGCCUUCCGAAAGACAUGGAACCCUAAGUAUACGCUACGUAGUCAUUUUGAUGGAGUGCGGGCAUUAGCUUUUCAUCCUGUAGAGCCUGUGCUGGUUACAGCCUCUGAGGAUCAUACUCUAAAACUUUGGAAUUUGCAGAAAACGGUUCCUGCCAAAAAGAGUGCCUCUUUAGAUGUAGAACCCAUCUACACAUUUAGGGCCCACAUUGGACCUGUAUUGUCACUGGCAAUUAGUUCCAAUGGAGAACAGUGUUUCAGUGGUGGUAUUGAUGCAACCAUCCAGUGGUGGAACAUGCCUAGCCCUAAUGUGGAUCCGUAUGAUACCUAUGAGCCAAACGUUCUAGCUGGCACAUUAGUUGCUCACACAGAUGCAGUCUGGGGUCUUGCUUACAGCGGUGUAAAAAAUCACUUACUAUCUUGUUCAGCAGAUGGCACUAUUAGAUUGUGGAACCCACCAGAAAAAAUAUCCUGUAUUUGCACUUACAAUGGAGAGAAAGAGCAUGGAAUACCUACAUCAGUUGACUUUAUAGGUUGUGACCCCGCUCACAUGGUGGCAUCUUUUAACACUGGCAGCACAGUCAUCUAUGAUUUGGAAACAUCCCAGUCAGUGGUAAUGCUUUCAUCACAAAUAGAAUCUGGUGUACAAUCAAAUAAUCAUAUUAACAAGGUAGUAAGUCAUCCCACACUUCCUGUAACUAUUACAGCACAUGAAGAUAGACACAUCAAAUUUUUUGACAACAAAACGGGUAAAAUGAUCCAUUCUAUGGUUGCUCACUUGGAUGCUGUUACAAGUCUAGCUGUAGAUCCUAAUGGAAUCUAUUUAAUGUCUGGAAGCCAUGAUUGUUCCAUUAGGUUAUGGAACUUGGACAGCAAGACAUGUGUGCAAGAAAUAACAGCUCAUAGGAAAAAGCUGGAUGAAUCAAUUUAUGAUGUAGCAUUUCAUCCAUCAAAAGCAUACAUUGCCAGUGCAGGAGCCGAUGCGCUUGCCAAAGUGUUUGUGUGACACAGCAGAACAAGCCUGCGUCAUAACAGCAGGUCUGUUGGGACAAAAAAGAGGGAAUGCGUCACUGCCAUCAAUGAUAAGGUUACCGAUAAGACACUACAUCUGAUCUGCCUGGGUGAAGGCUCUUAUGUGGGGCAGGUAUAAGUUGGUGAAAAGUCACCACAUCUUGAACAAUGUCAGGCUCAUUCAUUUAACUGUAAUUACUGUAUUUGGGGGGUGGGGAGAAAUACAAAAAAGAAAACCAGUAUUUGUAGCCUUGACUGGAUAUGAACUGAGCGUACGUCUGUUCUUUAGGUGUCUUUAAGCAAACGUGGAGUCUGAUCUUACAAAAGACUUUUAUUUUGGACUCUGUGUGCUGCCUUAGGGUUAGGAAUGUGGUGCUCUUGUGGGGGGAAGUGAGCUCCAAGAGUAGCUUUCUUUUCAUCUCUUAGUAAUCUUCUGUUUAUCAGUUGAAUGCCACAGAUUCCCCUUUUAAACUUUUAUUUUGCUUUAAAAGAAAAGGAAAUUUAACUUAAAAUAUUUUAGCAUUAGUUGCACAAAAUGUUUGGAUAAAAUUCUAGUUUUUAUAAGUCUUUUUAUAUAUUUAGCCUGUCACAACAGUGCUCAAGAUUGUAUUGAUAAUGUUUUUCUGCAUUAUAGAACCCUAAAACACAGAGAUCUCACUGACCCGCUGCCGUGUAACCACACUCUUCCCUUCUUUUGCCUAAUACAGCUCAGCUAAGUCCUUGCAUAAGGAUGCUAAUUCAUCAUCAUCGCAUAACUGUCUUCAUAAAUAAAGGACUGUAAAAUGUGUUCAGAUGAAACACAGAGGGGUUAAUACCCCCAAAAUGAACUCUUAAAAAAAAAAUUAAUCUUGGCAUCCUAUCACUAUGUGAUAUUUUGUACAUCUUACUGUAUUUACGAGUUUAUUUAUCAAGGAUUACCCAUCUUGCUAAUGGCCUAUUGUUAUUUAUUUCACUUUUUGUUGGUCUUUAUAUCCUUUUAUGUAGUGUGUUAAAGGGCCCUGUAUAUCUAUUAUGGCACUCUUUGAACAGUCUAAAAUAGAUGAGAAAAUGGGACAUUUGAUAAUUCUAAAGUUGCAAACCAAGAAUUUCUUUUUCCUCUGGUUGAGUACCUGGAGUGGAGUUGAUUCCAAAAACCAAUCUUGUUUCAGAACUUUUGGAGUGAAAAAUAUUUUUAUUUGCGUUUCAAAUAGAGUACAAAAGUAGUUGAUUCAAGAUUCAUAAAUCUGCUGUGUUUUGACUAGUUAUUCCCUGCUUUUAUUUUAUUUUCAGAUGUGCUUCAGUUUAUGGUGUAACUAAAGAUUUUGUUUGUGUAAUGCAUGAUUAAUACAAUAAAGUAUUUUUUCUAGUCUUCCACAAAACUUUUCUGAUCAGUUUGCGAGUUUUGAUGAGUUUUGUAAGGUUUCUGUUUUACAAACUAUGAAUCAGCAAAUUUUUAAGAUUGUACCACAUAGCAAAAGUACAGCUGUUGAAAAAUAACUGUAUAUAAAAUGCAUAUAAUAAAUAUUAAAUGGUGUACCUGUA